GGAGGGGAGUGGGGAGCUACCCAAAAUUUAUGUGUACAAGGUCAGCACGAUCUUAUCUUUCUCUCUUCGGCUGUUGUAAAUGACCGUGAACUAAUGGCUAGGCAGUGCCGUAUUUUUUUAAGCCGAGACAACAAUUCGAAGGCGGCCCUUACCGUUAACCGAUUAUCCGGGUUUAUUAUUAUUAUUUUUUUUACAGAAUUUCAAUUAUCCGGGCAUCGGCGGGUCCCAAUGAACACGAAUAAUGGGGAGUUUACUAUUUUUAUCCAUCUGCUGCCAAGGCGCAGUAAGCCUCGGGAGAUGUUACGUCACAUGACCUUGGUCUUAACCCAGCUGCACGCCGGUGUCUGAGAAGCUUGACAAGACCUUCCGGGCUUACCUGUAUAAUCGCUAGUCCGUGAAAUUUAUAAUGUCGUGAUUUUUAAGUAAUCAUGUCAAUGAAAAGUAGUUUUGUCUGGGAAUAUUUCACCGUUUAUAGUGAUCCGUCAAAAGCAAUGUGUAAUCAGAGGUACUUGAAAGGCUCUAAUCGGCUCAGAAGAUCGGCAAGAUCGGCAGCAGAUGAUCGGCAUCGGCAUGAUCGGCAAAAUAGGUGAUCGGCCCAGCUCUAAUGAUUACGUAAAUUACGAAUUUUAAAUUACUGGGAUGUAUUUAUUUUCUUUGGCUUUUUUGGUUAUAACAGUCAGGUACUGAAAAUAUUAAUUUAAUCUUGUGUAUUAAAAGUACUGGUCCAGUAAAUUUUACAGUAUGGUACUAAGUUGACUAGCGUAGUCGCGGUAGCCAUCAUUACUUCUCGUGUUUUCUUUUUUCCGACGCAAAUUUCAAUAACCACACUUCUUACGUUACGUUUACAAUAUUAUUGUUCUUGAGGUAAUUUGCGAUGAGCAGGCUUACGUCGUUUAAGUUUUCCAAAUGGAGAAAAGAUAGGUAAUAACCACCCAGAUUACCCAGAACCACCCCAAAAAAUGUCUAAAGUUUCUUCUGACGAGCAGCCAGCAACUGCAGUCAGUGGGUUUUGUAAUGUAGAUAGGUAACUUAAUUCACAUUCGACUUUUUUUUAAUGUCCUAUUAAAAAGUUUUACUUAUUAAAAAUGUUAGGUUAUGUCUUUCACAAAUAUAUGUUAUGUGGCCUUAUGCUGAAUGUUCGUCAUCUUUAUAAUAUUAUAUUUUUUUUAAUGUAGGUUAGUGUACACUGAAAAGGAAGAUAGUCUUUUUGAAAUUUAGAUGGAAUUUCUUCAUGAAUUAAAAGUUGGUAUAUAUAUAAGCUAAGCUAUAUAAUGUUUUAAUUUUACAUAUGGCUGGAGAACCUUUCUUUCUCACCACUCAAUUAAAGACCAAAAUGCUGGUCUUCGAUUCAUUUUAAUUCAAAACAAUUAUUUCUGUAUGAGGUUCGGUUCGGCUCUGUUCGAAACCAGAGAACUGAGGUUCGUCCAGCUCUAGAAAAUUGUAUACCUAAACUAUAUUAUAAAGGUAACGGAAAUAGCACAAAUCUAAGAUAAACUACGCUACAUUUUGUCAAUUAGCAUAACUACUCGAUCAUUUCCAAUCUUCAAUAAUAUAAUAUUGCAGAAAAAAACUUAGCUUUUUUAAAAUGGUGUCUGUUAUACAAACGUAUUUUAUUGAAAACAUAGGAAGGAUUAAUUUAACAGAGAAUUAGACAGAUGCAAACUUACGUGUGUGGUUUUUGAGGUUAUUUGUUUCUAUUUUAUAUCAGGUGUAUACACUAUGUACUUAUUUUAUAAUUUUAUAAAUACACAUGUGACUCUUUUUAAUACAUAGGCCUUUGUAAUUUUUUAAAAUAAAUGUGUGAUUUUUUUUAAUAACAUGUGGUGAAGUUUAGUGUGGGACUGGGAUUAUAGAUUCAAUGACAAACACUGAGGAUUCGAACAAGGAUUUGGAUUCGACCAAAAUGUGGUUUCGUACCCAUCCCUACUUUUAAGCAAAUUGUAUUUUCAGAUUCCAAGAUGUUUUAUUUUUAGUAAUAGUUCAGUAUUUAUAACUUAAUUACUAAGAACUAAAACUGUGGGUUUUUUGAGGUAAAUUGUUAUGAGAUUUUACUGAAGCAGUAGGUGUAAAUAUUAUGAAAAAUACCAUGUUAUUUAGCUAUUUUCCGAAAACCAUUUGUUUCUUUAAUGUUUGUUCCCCAACAUGACAACAGCUUUGUUAUGUAGAUUUAUUUGUGACAGUAAUAGUAAUUUGCUAUAUACUAGGGAUGGGAAAGUCGAUCCGUCGAUUCUUCGAUACCCCGAUUUUUUGAUACAUAAUCGAUAAUCGAGGAUCGGCGAAAAUCACCGAUUAUUAAAAUUCUGCAGGAUGUAGACGUAAAGUGCUGCCUAGCAGCGGUUCAUCGCUGUCGUUGCAGUAAUUUUAGUCAGUUUUACAACUAAAUAAAUAACCAUAAACGAUAUAAUAAAUAAUAAAUGAAAUAUAACAUAGCUUACCACAGCUCAGUUGCCACAAUCCCGUAAGCGGGAACGGAGGUUGGCGAUUUCGUACUGUGCAUUUAGGGUUAUUUAUUUAUUAACGCAGUGUUAUCGUAUAAAGAAAUUGUAGCCCAACUUUUACUUGCUGAAUACACCCACAUUGGUAGCCAUGUGCACAAAAUUUCAAGAUUCUACUGAGAAGUGUGCCACGUUUUCUACGUUUCUAGUAUAUUUAUUCACUUGCGUUGUUGCAUAUUUAUUUUCGUCAAUGAUUUUUUUUGUUAACCAGCAUUUGUCUAUACAUGAACUUUCACAGGUUUGCCAACUUCCGGUACAGAUCUUAUUCUCAAUUACUUAACGAUAAAAUGCAAGAAUAAUGUGGCCAUAGCCCGUAACAUUUUACGAGUUACGUAUUUUCCGUAAUUUAUUUAAUAACAGUAAACAUUAAAUCACCAGUUAAUUACGCAACUUAAACAUAAAAUUUCAAUGGACGUUUUUGAAACACGUUUUCAUUCCAGUAAGUUACCAGUACGGCAACUGUAGAAAUUUUCUUACAUGCUUUUGUUUCCAGUGAUGCUUCUUUGUUUGAAUGUUGGGUAAUGUUAGCGCAAUACGAAUAGUAAAAUAACAUUUUUAUUUACGUGAUGUCUAGUGAAGUGUGGAAAUACUUUGUCAUCGACCGACAAAAUUCUGGCUACGCAAUAUGUCAAAUCUGUAAAUGUACAAUCUCACGUGGCGGUAAAUCUAAAACUACAACAAACAUGAAAAAACAUCUCGAAAACAAGCAUGGGAGUUACGUUCAUGAGACGAAGAAACAAAGGCUACAUUCAUCGGAAUUGAGCGAGAUUGAAGAAAAUGAAAUAGAUGAUAGUUCAGCACAAAAUUGUUCUUCAGAGACAACCUUGCCAUUGUCAUCAAAUUCAGAUGUUAGGCCUACUGCUACUGAUUCAUCGAGAGGCAGCGGUUCAGUGUCCCCGAGGCAUGCUGAGAAAGUUGGCCAAACGAAUAUUUCAUCAAGAACACCAAACCAGUAUAGGCUAACUCCUAAAAGUCAAUACCAGCCUACAUUACAAUCAUUUAUUGAUAAAACUGCACAAUUCAAGUCCACUGAUCCUCGUGCAAAAUCAAUAACUCAGCACAUAGGUAGAAUGAUGUGCUUAGACAAUCGUCCUUUUAGCAUGGUUGAAGACAGAGGAUUCACAGAAUUUGUCAAAUUCCUUGAGCCUAGGUAUGUUUUGCCCAGCAGAAAACAUUUUUCAAAUACUGUUGUACCACACAUGUACCAAGAAUGUAGGGAAAAUGUGAACAAAAAGUUGGACGAAGCUGAACAUGUGAGUCUUACAACAGAUAUGUGGACUUCAACAGCCAAUGACGAUUAUCUUGGUCUAACUGUGCAUUUUGUUGAUUCCAAUUUUGUCUUGCAACACCUCAACAUUGGGGUUAUUCCCUUUCCUGAAUUAUCUCACACAGGGAACAAUUUGUGCAAUUUUAUCACAGAAACACUUGAAGAAUGGAAGCUGCAAUCUAAAGUUGUUGCCAUUGUAAGAGACAAUGCCAGGAACAUAACUGCUGGCCUAGAAUCAUCCGAAUAUGAACAUCUGCCAUGCCUAGCACAUACCCUGCAGCUUGUUGUAAAGGAAGGGCUACUGAACAACAAGAAUGUAAAUAAUCUGAUUGCCAACGGUCGUCGCAUAGUUGGCCAUUUCAAACAUUCUUGUAAGGCGACAAAAGAGUUAAAGAAGGCUCAAGCCACGCUGAAAAUGAAAAAACAUAAACUUAUCCAGGAUGAACCAACGCGUUGGAAUUCAUCUCUCCAUAUGCUACAGCGCUUACUUGAGCAAAAACAGUCUGUUUCUUUAGCAUCAGCAACUCUGCAGUUACCUGUGACUUUUUCAUCAGCAGAAUGGAACCUGAUGACAAAUGUAGUAAACCUUUUAAGUAUUUUCAACCAUGCAACAUUGGCUGUAAGUACUCAGUGUGUGACAGCCUCAGAAGUCAUACCUAUAAUCAACAGUUCUACUGAAGAGCUAAGGAAACCAGCACCUACUGGAUCAGGUGUACAGGGCAUCAAAAAUGAUAUGCUUGCUGCCAUAACUUUGAAGUAUUCUGAUGUUGAAGAGAAUAUGUUGUACGCAGUUGCAACAUUACUGGACCCACGAUUUAAACACCAUGUUUUUGUGCAGGACGGUAAUGUCACAAAAGCGAAAGUUUUUUUGAUUGAAGAAGCAAGAAAAACUAUCUGUUUGAAACAACCUGAAACUGAGUCUGUGCCGCAAACAUCCAGCCAAGCAAUGGAAAGCCAUGGUAUGUGGACAUUUUACUCAAACAUAAUGAAGACUGCCCCAAGUGUAAGCCACAUCGCAUCAGUUGAAGAUGAGAUUAAUGUUUACUUGGAAGAACCUAUUCAAAAUUCAAGUACCAACGUUUUCCAGUAUUGGAAAGAAAAUACCAAGUACCCAUGUUUAAAAAAACUGUCAAAGAAAUUUCUUUGCAUUCCACCUUCAACUGUACAUUCCGAGCGAUUAUUCAGCACUGCAGGACUGAUUGUUGAUCAGAAACGGAACCGUUUAGAUCCUGAACGAGUCAAAAUGUUGGUUUUUUUAAAUAAGAAUUUGUGAUCUAAUAAGAAUUUAGGAUCUAAUAAGACUUUGUGAUCUAAUAAGAUGCUUUGCCAGUUUUCAUUUAUUAUUUUAAGAACUUUCAAUUUUAUUUUGUCAAAAGUGUUGUUUUUAUGAUAUUUCACUAUGUUGUCAUUUAUUUCAAAGGUAUAAAGAUUGAAUUUGGUAGUUUCUGGUUUUUUACAAUAUUUUUAAUAAUCACAACUUUUUGUGGCUAUUUAAAGUUUGAUUGAUAAAUGUUAAUGAUUGUACAUUUAGUAAUUAAUAUACUAUUUAUUAAAUUGUAUUCCAAUGAAAUUGUUAGUAUUUUGAUGACUUUACGACAAUUCACUUUUUAUUAGUACUACUGACCUAUUACUAAAUUACGUAUUCUCUUUUCAAAAUUACAUAUUCAACUGGAUUAAACAUAAUCCACAUAAAAAAUAAUGCUUGCCCUACACAUUACACAUUACAGAAUAGUAAUUUCAAUUUCUUUAUUUCAAGUAAUGUAAAGUUUUGUUUUAUGUGUUAAAUUUAAUAGUAUUUAUUUAUUAUUUUGAAAAAUGCUUUUUUAGUGUAUUCGAUAAGUAUGUUUACUGAUUCCAUUGUAACUUAUACUUCAAUCCCGAAAAUGAGAAUCUAUAACUUAACCUAAUUGAUUGGAAUCGAUAAUCGAUAAGAAUCGAUGAUCGCAACAAGACUCGAUAAUCGGUAUCGAAUCGAAAAUUUUGAAAAUUUCCCAUCCCUACUAUAUACUUUUACUGAAUACUUUUUCAAGGAAAUGUGCAUUAUGUAUCAUGGCCAAUUGUAA